UGUUCUAGCGCUGCAGUAUCGUCCGCGAGUCUAUAGCUGCAAACAAAUCCUUUCUCAAACUGCAACAUAUCGAAAUGCAUUUCCCCGAGUGUUUUCUCAACUAUCAUUAAUUUACAACACCAUCUUAAAUUUCCCCUCUCCCCUCAAAUAAAAAAAUCAAAGAAGAAUAAUAAAAUGAAAAAAUAUUCCAAAUGUGAAAAAGAAAAUGGAAAAUUCGUCUAAUUUAACGCAAUCCGUUUCUCUCUCGUAAUUGAAUGCAUACACGGACAAUAAUUGAUCGGCGAACGCUGAAUGUAAUACACAACUUCUGAGUGUGCGCAUUUCAUACAAUAAGUACACACCGUGCAAUGGCGAGUUACGGACAUAGUGAAUCUACUGCUCGUCAAUCCGAUGAAGCGAUUGAUGACGACAAUGAUGAAAAAGACGAUACAAAAAGAAAAUCUCGAAAUUUGAGUGAAAAAAAGAGGAGGGACCAAUUUAAUAUGUUGGUUAAUGAACUUGGUAGUAUGGUAAAUACCCACACGAGAAAAAUGGAUAAAUCAACAGUAUUGAAGUCAACAAUUUUAUUCCUCAAAAAUCACAAUGAAAAAGCGACUAAAUCGAGAAUUCACGAGAUUCAAGAAGAUUGGAAACCUUCUUUUCUAUCUAACGAAGAAUUCACUCAUUUAAUAUUAGAGGCAUUAGAUGGAUUUAUAAUUGUUUUUUCAUCAAGUGGACGCAUUUAUUAUACAUCAGAAAGUGUCACGUCUCUGCUUGGUUAUUUACCCAAUGAAUUGACAAAUUCCACUAUUUACGAAAUUGCAUAUCAAGACGAUCAAUCGCAUCUUUAUAAUUUGUUACUUAAUCCCGAAAAUUUGAGAGAUCAACGAAGUACUAAAAAAGAUAAUCAAAUUUCUUUUACGUGCCAUAUAAAGAGGGGUGGUUUCGAUUACGUUGGCGAUUCUAUAUAUGAACUUGUACAGUUCAUUGGCUAUUUUCGUUCUGACAUGGAUCCGGAAAUUGACACCAUAAUACCAACAAAUCGACUUAGUAGCAGUACAGGAAGUGAUCCAAAAACAGAAUCAUUAGUUUUUGUCGGGACCGGAAGACUUCAAACUCCCCAAUCAAUUCGAGAAAUGUCGGCUGUCGACAGCUCGAAAUCGGAAUUCACCUCAAGGCACAGUUUAGAGUGGAAAUUUUUGUUUUUGGAUCACAGAGCCCCUCCAAUUAUUGGCUACCUACCCUUCGAGGUUCUCGGCACUUCCGGUUAUGACUACUAUCAUAUUGAUGAUUUAGAUAAGGUCGUCACUUGCCACGAGUCAUUGAUGCAGAAAGGAGAAGGAACUUCGUGUCACUAUAGGUUUCUCACGAAAGGACAACAAUGGAUUUGGCUGCAAACCCGAUUUUACAUAACAUACAAUCAAUGGAAUUCAAAACCAGAAUUUAUCGUUUGCACGCAUCGUGUUCUGAGUUACGUCGAUGUGCUAAAGCAUACCAGAAAAAAUAUCGACGAUCAAGCGAAAGUGCAAAAUCAAGAUGAUAUUAUGUCAUCCAACAAACAUUCCCCAAGUGCGUGUCAAAUUCGAUCAUCAGCCUGGUCAUCGAAACAAACCAAGAGUUCAAAAUCAUUUUCAAAACCAUUUAAGCCAAGAUAUCAGGAACGAGAAUCAGACACAACGUCCGUUUCUGGUGGUUCUCAAUACUCUCAAUCGAAUACAAAGCAUUCCUAUGCGGCCACUCAAGGUUCAAAGUCGAAAAUUGUCCCAGCAACGAGUACAGCCUCAUCGUUAACAAUUCCCACCACAAUCAUAAUGGAUCAGUCAUUGGAGCCGAAAAUCGAAGAGACGUGCAUUAGUUUUUUGGAACCCACUCAAUAUACAGCUGUUCCACUACAAUCCAUAGUGGCCGAAAGUUGUGGUCAAUCGUCCAUUCCUUUAAAUACAUCAUUACCAUCAACCGAAAUUUUACAACAGGGAAUAGUGAUGACACCGGCGCAAAAUCAUAUUCAAGAUGAGUUGCAACGAAAGCAUGAGGAACUCCAACAACUAAUUGUCUAUCAACAGGAGGAACUUAGGAAAGUUUCCGAAAAGUUGCUUAUCGCCAAGUACGGCAUCUUUUCACCAAUUAUAAACGUAAACAUUCCAUACGAUCCCAAUGUGAACCAACCGCUGGCACGUGUAAUAAACACCGAAACAAUUGUUCCACGAGAAUUGUAUAAUCAAUCAACUAGAAAUCCAGUAUCCAGAGAUUCAACAACAACUGAUCCAAAUAAUAUGGGAGAAUUGUUGUCUCAAGCUCAAGGAAAUCCACAACUUCAUCAAAUGCAAGCCGCUCAUCAACAAAUUCCCCAACAAUUGGCUUCUCAUUCACAAAUUUCUGAUAAUCAAGAUCUAAUGUCCUAUCAAUUCUGUCAAUCGAAUGAAUUAAUAUACACUGACAUGAGUUCGAGUGUCAAUCAACAGCAAAGAUCUUCAUGAUAUUGAUGGACUUUUCAGUUUUUUCUAACUCACGGUUCAUUCAUUCAUUUCCAAAGUAUAAUCAGUGUUAAAAAAGAUAACGCAGAUAAAAAGUAUUAAAUAGUAUAAAAAAAUUAAUAUAUAUUAAAACAGUUUCUAAGUGAUUUUUUUCUGGAAAAAAAAGUUUAAAGCACACCCAGAAAAAUGAUGUAUAUUUGACUCAGAACCACCAAUGUUGAAAAAAAUUUAUUCUCGUUUACUUUUCUAUAAAUAAACAUUUACUUGAAUCAAAUCAUUUUUAUUUGAGUCAAUUAAAUUUAUUUGAUUAAUAAUUUUAUAUUU